AUGGCUCCUCUCACAACAUGGCUGUUGACGGCCCUCGUCGGCCUCGCCAACGGCCUGGCCUCAACCGACACCAUCACAUGGGGAGGCGACAACUCCCGCGCCGGCUACCAAACAAACCACAACAUGGACCCCUCCGUGGUAGGGAGCUCCCAAUUCGGCCAGUUGUUCCGGACACUACUCCCCGGCAACUACGGCGGUUCACCCGAGCAGAUCUUCUCUCAGCCUCUCGUUUACACCCCCAGCGGUGGCGACGGCACACAAUACGUCUACGUCGCAACGCAACAGAAUAAUGUCUACAAACUAAAUGCAAAGACCGGCGCCAUCAUCGCCUCUCGCAAUCUUCACAUCCCCUUCCUGACCGCCGACUUGGAAGGCUGCGUCGACGUCAACCCCCACGUCGGCAUCACCGCCACCGGUGUCAUUGACCCGACCACCGACACUUUGUACUUGACCUCCAAGACAUACUUUGACCAGACCAAGACAGGUGUCGCGCAGGGCCGCCCCAACGGCCGCUACUACAUCCACGCACUGGAUGUAAACACCCUCGCCGAACGACCCAACUUCCCCGUCAACCUCGAGGGCACUGUCGCCAGGAACAACCCGAUCAGGUCCUUCAACGGUGGCAUUCAUCACCAACGCCCUGCUCUGCUGCACGUCGGCCAGUACGUCUACGCUGGUUUCGCCUCCCACUGCGUGCAGUACAACUUCACCGGCUGGAUCAUUGGUUGGGACAAGACGACUGGUAAUAUCGUCGAGCGAUGGGCCACCCAGGGUCAAGGUGUUCCUGCCACCACCCCCGGCGCGGGUGUCUGGAUGUCUGGCGGCGGUCUCGCAUCCGACGAUGCGGGCUCCAUGUUCUUCGCCACCGGCAACGGUUACGCUUCCCAGCUCAGCACCAUCCCUGUCAGCGGUCGCAGCCCUCCCACGGCCAUGGAGGAGGCUGCUGUUCACAUGAGUAUCGGCAGUGACGGAAGCUUGACUGUGAACGACUUCUUCAUGCCCUGGGAGAAGCAAGCGUUGGACGGCGCCGAUAAGGACCUGGGAACUAGUCCGCUGCAGAUCCUUCCCAGCGCUUUCGCCUGCGGUGAUGUGAAGCGCAUCGGAGUCGUGACCGGCAAGAGCGGCAAGACGUACUGGAUCAACCUCGACAAUAUGGGCGGCUACCGCAACGGUCCAAACUCACUGGACGCCGUCAUUCAAGUCUACCAGAACGACAACUCGGUGUAUGCCGGAGCUGGUGUCUACCCCUUGGAGGGCGGCUACAUGUACAUCAACGUCAUCGGCUACCCCACGAACGUCUUCAAGUUCUCCUGUACCGCCGGUGUCCCAGCCUUCACCAAGGUCACCACCAGUCCCACUGCCAACGCCGGCAUCCUCGGUGUCAGUCACGGCACCGUCACAUCCCUCAACGGCCAGGCAGGCACCGGUCUCGUCUGGACGCUCGAUGUUCAAGGGUCUCAACUGAGAAUCUAUGACGCCGUGCCCAAGAAUGGCGCGUUGAAUCUCAUCAAGUCUUUCAGUGUUCCGUACUCGACCAAGUUCGGCAGAGCCGUCUUUGGCAAUGGCAUCAUGUAUCAGGGCACCACUCAAGGCUACCUCUACGCCUUCGGCUCGCCCGUCAAUGUGCCCGUCAACUGCACUUCCUCCAACGACUUCGGCACCGUCAACGUCGGUAACCAGAGUGUGGCCAAGACCAUCACUUGUAAGGCUCUCAUCGGCGUCACUGUUACAGACAUUGGCCUGGACGAGGCCGACGAUUUCGUCGUCACCAAUGCUGGAACCUUGCCGCGCACCCUCACGGCUGGCCAGAGUUUCAACGUGUCGGUCGCCUUCAAGCCCACCACCGUCGGCCUGGUAUCUUCCGAUCUCCUUGUCAACACCACCAAUGCUGUCGCUGGUUACAGUCAGAACACUCAUGUCAGAUUGACCGGUACUGGCGAGAGCUCCAGUCCUCUGCUGGCCGUCACGCCCCCAACUGUCACUUUCCAGGGCAUCAUCGCUGGAUCCAACGGCACUCUCUCGGAGACCGUCAUCAUCUCUAACCAGGGCAACACUCCUCUGUCCAUCACCAACGUCCAGUCUUCUACGACCAGCGCUCAGGGUCCCUUCACCACAUGGAACCACGAGACUGCCGCUCUCACCGUCGGGAAGUUCACUCUGACAAACAUUCCCACCACGAUUGCACCCAACAGCGCCGUCACUGUGAACAUCGCCUUCGACUCUUCAGUCGCUGGAAGCUUUGGUGCCUACCUCACGGUGAACUCCAACGGCGGCAGCAAGUCCUUCACCAUCGCAGGCUCCGCCGGAGCUGCGCCGGUCGCACUCAUCGAGUUCCAGACACCCGACGGCACCGGCUGGGUCCAAUACGAUGCCAACCAGAACUUUACGUUCGGCAACGUGACCGAGAACACGUCCAGGAACCUCAAGUUCCGCGUCACCAACAACGCCCCCACGGGAGGCGUCAAGCUCAUUCUGACUGUCUCAAAGCCGCCUUUCGGUAUUCCUGGUAUCGUCUCGGCGGCUAACACCGUGGACCUGGCCGAGGGCACCCAGCUUGCGCCCGGUGAGAGCGCCACAGCCACCAUGAUCUGUUCUGUUCCGAAGUCCGCGUGGAACGUCGACACUUACGUUGGAUCGGCGCCUUGGACCAUGAACACCAAUGACCCGAACUUCGACAAGCACUUCUUCACUUUUGUGUGCAAUGCUGUCUCAGAGCAGGCGCCACCGCUUCUGCCCGGCGGCCAGGGCAAAUACCGCUACCUCGGAUGCUACAAGGAGAACAACCCCGGCCGUCAGCUCGCCCAACAGAUCUACGGACAGAAGGCCGAUGCCACGACUGCCACCUGCCUUGCGGCUUGCGCAGCCAACAAUUACGUCUUCUGCGGCACGCAGUACCGCAACGAGUGCUGGGGUGGCCCCAAGAUCCCCACACUGGAGGUUGAUGAAAGCAACUGCAACUACGAUUGCGCUGGUGACCUCAACCAGAUCUGCGGUGGCAACGGAGUUGGCACCUACGCGGGCGGUUCGUUCAUCUCUCUCUUCGCCGACUCUCUUCAGUUCGACGGCAACACCACUACGCCCACUGACCCAACCGACCCAACCAACCCGACCAACCCCACGAAUCCUUCUAAUCCUGUCGUCAACCCCGGUGUGGGCCAAUAUUCGAGCGUAGGAUGCUACAGCGAGGGAACCAACAGCCGCGCCCUGCCUAACUUGGUCAACCUCGCGAACCCUACCAUCGCCAACUGCAUCACAGCUUGCGCCGCCCGCAAGUACACCUACAUCGGAAUGGAGUAUGGUGGAGAGUGCUGGUGCGGUAACACUCUCGCCGCCGGCGCUGUCCCAGCCCUCGCCGCGGACUGCAGCAUGCCGUGCAACGGUAACAGCAGCGAAUACUGCGGCGGUUCCAACAGACUGAACAUGUACCAGUUCAACAGCUCAUUACCUGCACCCAGCGGCGCGAGCACGACCGCCGCCUCGACUGGUACCGGCACCGCUACCGCUACCUCAGCUGCUGCUACCACCACCGCCGCCAACAGCCGCAUCGGCGACUGGCUCUUCCAGGGCUGCUGGACAGAGGGCAACGGCGUUCGCGCUCUCCCGGCGCGCACGUAUGCCAACGACACCAUGACUCUCCAGACCUGCGGUGGUUUCUGCGGGGGCCUCAAGUAUUUCGGCGUUGAGUAUGGCCGCGAGUGUUGGUGUGGCAAUGUUCUGGACGCUACGUCAACCCAGGCGCCUCUGACGGACUGCUCGUUCCCCUGCCCCGGGGACAAAACGCAGAAAUGCGGCGCUGGUAACCGACUCCAGCUCUACAUGUACUCUCCCGUCGUGUCUUCGUCCACGACCGCGACGACAUCUUCGCCCACCGCAGCAUCCACCUCAGCCAGUAGUUCUACCGCUGUGACAGUGCAGGACAAGAUCGCGUCUAACUCCACAUCCGCGGCUCUUUCGGCGUCCAGCUCAACUGUCACCUCUUCCUCCAGCAACGCCACUCUCUCGACGAGCACGUCUUCCACUCCUGGACUCAUCCCUGCGGCGGUCACAUCGUCUACGUCGUCAUCCUCACCUUCGACCCUGACGUCGUCUUCUAGCUCCUCAGCAACUCAGAGCACUACGUCGUCAGCCUCGUCUUCCUCUUCCACGUCGACCUCCGCCUCUAUUUCGUCUUCGUCCAGCUCCACGGUACUCCACGUCGAGUUCUGGCGUUACGGCAGCUUCUGUCUCUGCGACAUCUUCCAGCUCUUCUACGGCUUCCAGCUCCUCGACCGCUUCGAGCUCAUCUUCCGCCUCCAGCUCUGCAGCAAGCUCCAGCUCUUCCUCCUCUUCGAGCUCAAGCUCUUCCUCUAUCUCGAGCUCUUCUUCCGCCCCAAGCACCUUGACAAGCUCCACUUCUCCAGCUCCUCGAGCCCCUCAUCAAGCACCUCCUCCGCGAAGCCGACUGCGACGGGCCCCGCCAUCGUCCAAGGCGACCAGAACUUCACCUACUACGGCUGCUUCUCCGAGCCACAAGUCGGCCGUCUCCUCCCCACUCAGGUCCUGAACGACGUCAACAUGACCAUCAAUAAGUGCCUCAGCGUCUGCUCCGACAAGCUCUACGCCGGCGUCGAGUACGGGCGCGAGUGCUGGUGCGGGAACGCCCUCAACUACGGCGGCAGCGGCGGCACCACCCAGGCUGCCAACGUGACCGGCACGCAGUGCAACAAACUGUGUCCAGGCGACAACACGCAAUACUGCGGAGCGGGCCUGAGGCUCAACCUUUACAUCCUGAGAACGGAGUACGCGAGGUUGCAGAACCUGGCCGGCACCUCCUCCUAG